AAAUCGCUGUCUGCCUUCGACUCAAAGCCGUGGCCGAAAGUAGCCGCCCACCGAGCGUCCGCCUCGGCGACCUCUGGACGCCGAAGAAGGCGCGGUACCGCGAUCUUCGGAGGCUCAAAAUUUGCCUUCACGCGUGUCGAUCUGCGCUCGGGCACCCUCACCCCCGACCGCGCGCCGCGCUUCCACGAGGUCCCGCCGCCGACACCGUCGCGCUCCCGGCUCCCGGCCCGCGUCACCCCGACCGCGCGGUCCCGCAGGACCCGGGCUAUGCGUCGCCUCGGUGCGCGCUCUCUACGAUCGUAUGUCACAUCCGCCCCCGUAAGGCAUGCGCCGCGCGUGUGUAUCAUCGGGUCCGGUCCUGGCGGGUUUUACAGUGCCAAAUUCCUGAUGAAAGCGCGGCCGGAUGUGGAGGUGGUGAUGGUGGACCGAUGGCCGACGCCGUUCGGACUGGUGCGAUCCGGCGUCGCGCCAGAUCACCCGGAGGUGAAGAGCGUCGCCCGAGACUUUGAAUCGGUGGCAUCGUCGCCGAAGUUCUCUUUCGUGGGAAACUUGGCGUUGGGAGGACCGCACGUUGUGUCGCUCGCCACUCUACGCGCGUCCUUUGACAGCGUCGUCGUCGCGUGCGGGGCACGCGGCGAAGCAGCGCUCGAGCUGCCCGGGACGGGCCUCGAUGGUGUCCUGUCUGCGCGCUCAUUCGUCGGCUGGUACAACAGUGAGCCAACGUUCGCGCGGCUCAAUCCUAUCGGUCGCGACGCUGGCGCGGCCAGUGGCGACGACGCGCGUGUCUGGCGCGCGGUCGUCAUCGGCCAGGGCAACGCAGGGCACCGGCGUCUGUCGCGCGUCGCUGCACAACCGUGCGACCUCGAGGCCACGGACGUGAACCGCGCCGCACUCGCCGCGCUCGUCGGCCUUCCGGCGGCUCGCGCUGUGAGCGUGGUGGGUCGCCGCGGCGCGAUGCAGGCGGCUUUUACCAUAAAGGAGCUGCGCGAGCUCGGCGCCCGCGAUGGUGCGCGGCUCACAGUCGACCGUGACGAGCUUGCCGCGAGCGACACGGCGGCGAGCAUCGAAGAGUGCGCCGCAUCGCGGCCGCUCCGACGCAAGCGCGACCUUCUCGGCGACUGCGCGGCGGCCCAGGGUGGCGGUGGCGACGAUGACGUCGGCUGCUUUGAAUCUGUCGUCUCGCUCCGGUUCCUCCGCGCUCCCGUCGCCUUCCUGCCGUGCGACGACGACGCCACGGCCCUCGGCGCGGUCGUCCUUGAGAUCCAGCGCCUCGAGGGACCCACGGGGCGCCAGGUUGCGACCCCGCUCGGCGUCUACGAGACGAUCCCCGCCGAUCUUGCGCUCCUUGCCGUCGGUUACGCGGCCGCACUCCCGAACCUCGACGCCGGCGCGCGCGCGACGCCCGGGCCGGGCCCAGGCGGCGCCUACGACCACGUGGCCGGCCGCGUCAUGGGCCAGCCGGGCCUCUACUGCGUUGGCUGGGCUAAGCGGGGCCCGAGCGGCGUCGUCGCAACGAACGCGCCCGAUAGUGUCGUCAUCCAAAGUCGGGAAUUUCUCACCCUUUUUUGGCUACAGGUGCCCGACGCCCGCGAGACGAUCGCCUCUCUGGUUGCCGAUCUCGCAACGUCCCACGCGACAGAGCUCCCCCCCACCCCUUUCCCCGAUUCGACGACGACCUGGGCGGAUUGGCGCGCCAUCGACAAGAAAGAGACGGCCGAUGGAGCAGCCGGCGAUCCUCCUGCAUCGCGCAUCAAGCUAGGAAAUGUUGAUGACAUGCUUAAAGAACUAAUAUAGUUCUUUUUUAGAGCGAACUGGCUCUGUUUAGGUGGCAUAUCGCAGCUCGUUUUUCAACUGACUCAGUGCGCGCGCGGCAGGUGAGCAGCGCACGGCCGCGUAGCGGCCGUACCACGUACGUUGGUGAAGGGUCUGUUUUCGGAGCCCCGGAGGGGCGACGACUCCUGCGGGCGCGUCUCCCAGGCGCGUCCGCAGGAGCUUUUUCCGACCGCGUGGGGCUCCUAGAUGCCAUUUUCCAGUAGAGAAUAGAAUCUGCUUCGCACUCUUGUCAGUAUAAACCUCAUCAUUGGGGUGCUGUGUCCAGCUGGACUUUGGCGAAUCAUCCUAUCGGACCGUCGUGAAUAGUGAGCUCUUCGCAGGCGCGAAAUGCGAGAAGACACCUCGCUGCGGCGGUAAGGCGCUGGGCCCAUCGAUUGGGAUAUACUCCCGACGCAUAAACCCUGACACAGGCUGGACGCUCGCCGGCUCCGUGUGCUACCUCAAGACCUGCGACAAGUUCGCGACGGCCGCGCGCAUGCUGGGCCAGAAUCUGCAAGCCGACUUCAAUGUGAGUGCACGGCCGGUUUCGACAGUGCUUUUCGAUCUUCGUCGAAGUCUCGAUGAGGGAAGAUCAGUCUUCCGAAAAAGUAGCCAAGGCGACUACGAUGUGGCCGAGUUCGAGCGGGUUCGAGUCAGGCAGUGCCCAGCUCACUGGCUGUUUUGCGAAUAGGCCCGGAUGCCCGGUGCGGUUUCGGGCGCGCGCAAGGCCUAGCCGGGGUUCGAUGCAACGAAAAAAGUACCCCGUUUCUUGGUCGUUUUGGCCGAAUGUAAGUCGCAAGUAACCCCGGGCCAUUGAACAGCUUGCUACCAUUCUUAAAGUCGUGAUAACCAAGGCUAAAACG